AUGGCAGGCUGGUUCUCAUCUACCUCUCCGCUCGAUGAGCAGAUCGAAAAGGCGACCUCAUCGUCCCUGGAGGACAUCGCCCUUAACUUAGAGAUAUCCGAUCUCGUUCGCUCGAAAAGCGUACAGCCCCGAGAUGCAAUGAAAGCUCUAAAACGACGCCUCGAGAACAAGAACCCAAAUAUACAGCUUGCUACUUUGAAGCUGACAGAUACCUGUGUCAAAAAUGGAGGAUCCCAUUUCCUCGCCGAAAUUGCAUCUCGCGAAUUCAUGGAUAAUCUCGUAUCCCUUUUGAAGUCUGAAGGAGUUCCGCUCAACCACGAAGUGAACCAAAAAAUGCUGGAGUUGAUACAAAACUGGGCCCUGGCCGCGCAGGGUAGGUUGGAGCUGAUUUAUCUUGGAGAGACAUACCGAAAGCUACAGAACGAGGGGUUCCACUUCCCGCCCAAAACCGAGGUGACGAGCAGUAUGUUGGACAGCAGUGCGCCGCCAGAGUGGAUUGACUCGGACGUUUGUAUGCGCUGUCGAACAGCGUUUACUUUUACGAAUAGAAAGCACCAUUGCCGCAACUGUGGUAACGUCUUCGAUGCCCAGUGUUCUAGCAAGACUAUACCUCUACCUCAUCUUGGAAUCCUGCAGCCAGUCAGGGUCGACGACGGAUGCUACGCUAAACUUACAUCUAGGAACUUUCCGUCGACCGGCCUUUCGGAACGCUCGGCUUUCAAGAAUACUUCAAUCACAAAGGCAGCUUCAUCUAUGGAACCACGAAGCGCUCGGGUGGAUUCAUCAUUUGACGAUGACUUGCGCCGGGCGUUGCAAUUGAGCUUAGAAGAGUCAGAGGGUCGCGGUAACUCUGGAUACACGCCACAACCGACUCAACCGACUCAACCAGUCCCUGCACAAACCACGAAACCAGACAUAAACAAUGCUGAGGAGGAAGAUGCCGAUUUGAAGGCCGCUAUCGAGGCGUCAUUAAGAGAUAUGGAAGAGCAAAAGCAAAAACAUACAGCGACAUUGAAAAGCUCAGCUGUAGCAGAAAGACGCAGUGAAAAUACCGUCAACGCGACUGUUUUGCCGAAAAAUUCAUAUGAGCUUAGCCCCGUGGAAGCCGAGAAUAUCAAUUUAUUUGCCACCCUUGUUGACCGUCUUCAACACCAGCCCCCUGGAACUAUUCUACGCGAACCACAAAUACAGGAACUUUACGACAGCAUAGGAUCUCUACGGCCGAAACUGGCGCGUUCAUAUGGCGAAACAAUGAGUAAACAUGAUGCUCUUCUCGAUCUACAUGCAAAGCUUUCCUCGGUAGUACGAUACUAUGACCGGAUGCUCGAAGAGCGCUUAUCAAGCGCAUACUCGCAACAUAAUAUUGGCCCCUACGGCUCGGCACCCCCUGGUCGACAGCCAUACAGUAAUUAUCCACCAUUAGGUCAGAAUCCACCAGAUGGUAGAGGAGCUGCGGAAAACUUUUAUUUAUCAAACGCUGCUCCCGACCAAUUCAACCCUACCUUCCAACCACAACAGCCGCAACACACUGGUGCCAGUUACGGCGCUGGUACUCCAGCUCCCGGGGUAGGAAGCCCUAGUCCGUACCCAACGCUGAACCCUGCUGGGGAAGCGCCGCCGAAUCAAGGAUGGAAUCAGAAUAACCCUCAGGCUUUCCGCCCUCCCUCGGUAGCCGAUUCUGUCUCAUACGCAGGACAGUAUGGGGUACCCCCCGCAGCUGUAGGUGCCUACCCUAGCCAUGGGCCAGCUCAAGAAUCUGGCCAAGUUGGCUCAGCGCCGUCGAGAGAAAGUGAAACGCCGUAUCAGCCGUCACCUAUAGCGAGACGUGAUUCCCAAUUCCAACAGACAGCGACUGGUCCUGGUCCUUAUUCCUCACCGCAGCAAUAUGCACCAACGGGCGAGCCACCACAACCAGGCUACCAGCACCAGGAUGCUGCUUCAGCUUAUCAACAAAGUCAUGAACCUCCUAUCUCGCAAUUCUCGCAGCAGUCCUCGCAUAGUUAUUCUCAACCUCCGCCGCCUGUCGCUUCAACCCAACCUCUUACGUCUCCUCCAGUUAAUGGCCCUUAUACAGGAUAUGCAGGCCCACAAGUACCUACCGCCUAUCCAACACACACGCAGUUCCAAGAACCUGCGCCACCUAAGCCGAUUGUGGAGGAGAGUUUGAUUGAUCUCUGA